AUGACUGGAGGCAAAUCCGGAGGCAAAGCCAGCGGCAGCAAGAACGCGCAGUCGCGCUCUUCGAAGGCCGGUCUUGCCUUUCCCGUUGGUCGUGUUCACCGUCUGCUGCGCAAGGGCAACUACGCUCAACGUGUUGGUGCUGGCGCUCCGGUUUACUUGGCCGCUGUUCUUGAGUAUCUCGCCGCUGAAAUUCUGGAGUUGGCUGGCAACGCUGCCCGUGACAACAAGAAGACUCGUAUCAUUCCUCGCCAUCUCCAGCUUGCCAUUCGCAAUGAUGAGGAAUUGAACAAGCUGCUUGGACAUGUCACAAUUGCGCAGGGUGGUGUCUUGCCCAACAUCCACCAAAACCUUCUACCCAAGAAGACUCCCAAGAGUGGAAAGGGUCCUAGCCAGGAGCUUUAA